AUGCAGGACAGGACAGGAUAUGCCUUGGAUCAAAGAAAGGCUUAUGGCAUGCUCAAUCGUUCAAAGCCAAAGGACAUGGACAUGGACAUGGACAUGGACAUGAACAGGAACAUGGAAGGCCCCAUUUGUGUGCAAUGCAUCCUCAAGAUUCCAAGACUGUGUAUGGAUUGUAAAGAGACAAAACCGCUCGACCAGUUUUCCGAGGACCAAUGGCACUACAACCUGCUCUGUGAUGGGCUGACAAUGGAGACAUACCAGUCCAAACCGUUUUGCUUGCCCUGUGAUGUGGUCAAAGCCAAGGAAGACGAGGAAAAGCGCAAAGCAGAAGAGGCCAAAGCAAAGGAAGAAGAGGAACAGCGCAAAGCAGAAGAGGCCAAAUUCAAGGAUUUUAUGUUGAAGCAAAAGCCCAAAGCAGCUUGUGAACAUCCAAUCAUGAGGAAACACAACGUUCACUUUUACGAACUUCCCAAGUUGGACUCUCACCAAUGUGACCCAAUAUAG